AUGAAAGCUGAAUAUGAAGAGCACGACGCUAUUCUGAUCGCUCGUUGCAUGAUGCAGAUCAAAGCAAAGUUUGAUACUGAUGAAGGUCUGAGCUUCAUUCAACAGAAAUACAUCAAUCAAGGACUGAAGAAGUUCGGUGAUGAUGGAAAAGACGCUGUGGAUAAGGAAUUGAGACAAAUGCUCCUGAGAGAUUGUUUUACUCCCGAAUUUGUGAAAGACAUGACCGCGUCUGAGCGAAAGAAGGCCCAAUCAGCAAUGAUGUUACUUGCGGAAAAGCAAUUCGAAAAGACAAUUAAAGGUCGCCUGGUAUUCCGAGGCGAUGGAACUUGUGAAUGGUUAUCGCGAGAGGACACUGCAAGUCCAACUGCUUCACAAGAAGCAAUCACCACUACUUGUGUUAUUGAUGCACACGAAGGUAGAGAUAUAAUGACGCUGGACGUGCCUAACGCUUUCAUUCAAACUUAUAUGCCUGAUGCUAAGGAGGGAGAAGAUCGUAUCUACAUGAAAAUCACUGGCAUGAUGGUCCAGAUAUUGAUUGACAUGGCCCCAGAGUAUUGCAAAUACGUUGUAUUAGAGAACGGAAAACGAGUAAUCUAUGUUCGGCAAACUAUCAGAUUUCAUGUUGACGAUCUUAUGUCAAGUCACAUGGAUCCGAAAGUAAAUGACAAAUUUACUGAGUGGUUGAACAUGAGAUAUGGUUUGAUCCAGGCAUGUAAAGUCGUCAGAGGAAAGAUACACAGAUAUCUGGGAAUGACUUUGGAUGUCUCGGUGAACGGAAAACUCAAAAUCCGCAUGGACGACUAUGUCAAGAACAUGUUGGAAGACUUUCCUAUCAAGUUCAACAAGGAUUCAAAGCAGGAAACACCAGCUGGUAACGAUUUACUGGAGGCUGGGAAAGAAAAGUUACUCAAUGCUGAGUACCGUCAAAUCUUUCAUACUACUGUUGCAAGGGGACUUUAUGUCUCUAAGAGAGCUCGUUUGGAUAUCCAUCCAACGAUUACUAUUCUUGCCUCGAGAGUUCGAGAACCUACAGAGUCUGAUUGGAAGAAGUGUGUUCGCAUGAUGCAAUAUUUGUUUUGUACAUUGUUGUAUCACCUGACACUUUCCGCUGAAUCACUACAAGUCAUGAAAUGGAUGAUCGACGCAUCUUUUGCGGUGCAUCCAGAUUUCAAGAGCCAUACUGGCGGCACUCUGUCCUUUGGAGGAGGUGCAGCUCAAGUGAUGUCGAAGAAACAAAAAUUAAACAGCAGAAGCAGUACGGAAGCGGAACUGAUUGCUGUUGACAAUGUUGUCACAAUGAUACUAUGGACAAAGUUGUUCAUGGAGUGGCAAGGGUAUCCGAUCGAGAAGAAUAUCUUGUAUCAGGAUAACAAAAGCGCGAUUCUACUGGAAGAGAAUGGUCGCAAGAGCGCGGGCAAAAGAAGCGGAGCUAUGAAUAUUCGUUAUUUCUUUAUCACAGAUCAAGUUGAGAAAGGAAAUGUUAAGAUCAAAUACUGUCCAACUGACAAUAUGACUGCGGAUUUUAUGACUAAGCCAUUGCAAGGUGAGAGGUUUUGCAAGUUCAGGGAUCUGAUUCUUGGUCCACAGGACUAG